AUGCACGGCUUGUGCAGACAAGGACGAGUGCUCCCAGCCGGCACGCGGUUCAACCCUGAAGUCUCUCCAUACAGCGCCGACGAAGUCAACAUCAAGGCAACCGACAUCAAAACCAAGGCUGCCAAUGGAACGGAUUUAAAAUGGUGGCGACCCCACGACAUUAUCGAAGACAUGGUCAAGACAGAAGAAAUUGAAGGACAAGAAAACUUUGCCGACGACGAAAAGAUGAUCUACUUUUUCAGGGAAAACAAGCUCAAUGCAAAAGAACGACUUAAUCCGCGAAACUUUUUGAUGGAAUCUGUCUUUUGCGAUCCAAAACCGAUUCCGAAAGACCAAUUUCAACAGGGCGGGAUGACACUUGGAACUGGAAUGAGCGAGUACGACAUUGAGCUGAGCGCAGGACCUGUUCCCAAAAUGAUCAUCUUUACAGGAAUGCCCUAUUCUCAAGCUAGUACAAUGACAUUUGAAAAGUGCAUUUCAAAGACAACAAUGGAGCACCCAUCUUUUAAAAUUCAAGAAUUUACCAUUUACAUUGACGGGCAGCCUGCAUAUCGAUCUCCUUGGUCAACUGCAACUCAGCACUACAUCAACUUUAUGAAGCACAAUGGACGAUGGGAGAAUGCAGCUACAGCUAGCGGACUCGAUUAUUUUGUCUUUAAAGGGCAAAAUUGGUUGGUGCCGCUCAUUUUCGACAAUGAUGGCGAGGGGCAAACGGCACUUGUCACUGCAAAAAUCAAAUUUGCGGAUACGCUUGUGCAACAAUGGGAUGCAAUGAUUAUGCGAUUGCCAGUGCGAGAGCUGUUUUUGGACGCCAAAGCUCGAGAGGCAUCUGUGGUGGGAACCGCUCGAGUCAUGAAGACGACGGCUUGUGGCACCAAACGAAGGGCCGAAACUAUCCCACCGCCUCCCAAGGUUGCGCCCAAACGAAGACGAAAGGGCUAA